CCAGACACACCGCUGCGACGUCCGGGAAGAGCUUCUCAGCCGCUGUCGCCGACUCUUCUCCGCUGCUGCUUCCUGCCGGUACAGAGAGCAGUGUUCCCGCCUACCCGAUGGCGACGCUGGCAGCGGCGCUCCUGGCGCUGGGUCUGUUGGGGGCGGCAGCCGCCCCCGAGUCACCUCUGAGGCCUGCCGUAGCGGAGAGAUUUCGCCGCAGCCUCGUCUUUCCCAUGCAGAGUGGCAUCGUCCAGCUGCUGAUUGGUUUCGGCACGCCGAUCCCCAUACCUCGGAACGCGAUGACGUUGGGUUUGGUGAUGAAGUACACGUACAAUGUACCCGUCAACGGCAGCGUGUACCUGCAACCUUACAGUCUGUUGGCGCGCAGAAAUUCCAGGUGGAGCAUCUACACUACCCUCAGUGAUUUCCUUACCAGACUGGGCAUUGAUGGCCGCAACUGUCUUCUGAGGGCCAUUUGCGAGGCUGCAGAAAAGCCAUUCACCAGGGUUGGCGGGCUCGCCGAAGACAUCCUCCACAUUCUGCUCACGCCGUCGUCCACGGUGGAGGACACGGGCGAGUUGCCAGAACGGGAGUUCCACGCUGCGGAGCGCCACGGAAAGUCCGACCGCGGCUGCGACCAUUACCGACGCACCUGCGACUUGGACCUGCUGGCGCUCAUCAGCAGCCUCCACCACGACCACGGCCUCGACCUCGGCGACGAUCCGCUGACCUCCACGGCGCCCCCUGUCACUCCCUACUACCACUCCUACACCAGCGUGGACGACCUCCGCGACUACACCGUCCGUGACAACAGUCUCUAGUGGCAGAGCCAGCCACCAGCUCGACCACAUCACUGUAUGCCAACAGAGUGCCCAGAAGCCUCCGUUCGCAGCUAUACUUUCUACACACGCACAAUACUGGUAGGUGCAGUGCUGUGUAAGGAAACAGAAGAAACUGAAAGAGACAGAUGGCUCUGAGUGCUUUAAUGGGUUCACUGUGGUAAUGAGCCUGUGCAUUUUUUGCACCUAUUUAUUUGUGAUGUUAUGCAUUUUCCUGAAAAACUGUAAUAAUUCGCACUGAACAAAUAAAGUUUUUUCCUUUACUGUGUAAAUUUUUGUGCAAACACAGAUACUUGGAUUAACUAAUGCCGCCAUGCACCAAAAGCAAAACACAACAUAAACUGU